UAAACCAGUCUAGGCUCCACGCUUCAGUGAGUAGCAGUAACCCUAAACCGAAGGCCAAGGCGCAGUGAAGAGACGGAGAGAAAUAUGAAGGUGGUGGCGUUAGUCAGCGGCGGCAAGGACAGCUGUUACGCCAUGAUGAAAUGCAUCGAAUACGGCCACGAGAUUGUUGCUUUGGCGAAUUUGUUGCCGUCUGAUGAUUCGGUGGAUGAACUGGAUAGCUACAUGUAUCAAACUGUUGGACACCAAAUAAUUGUGAGCUAUGCUGAGUGCAUGGGGUUGCCGUUGUUCAGAAGAAGGAUAAAAGGCUCCACAAGGCAUCAAAAGCUUACCUACAAAAUGACACCAGGAGAUGAAGUUGAAGAUAUGUUUAUUUUGUUGAAUGAAGUAAAAAGACAAAUACCAUCUGUCACAGCAGUAUCUUCAGGUGCUAUUGCUUCAGAUUAUCAAAGGUUACGUGUGGAAAGCGUUUGUUCUAGAUUAGGAUUAGUUUCUCUAGCAUAUUUGUGGAAGCAAGAUCAGUCAAUUCUCCUUCACGAAAUGAUAACCAAUGGUAUUAAGGCUAUCACAGUUAAGGUUGCAGCCAUGGGGUUGGACGCUGGAAAACAUUUGGGUAAAGAAAUAGCAUUCUUGGAUUCCUAUUUGCAUAAGUUGAAAGAGUUGUAUGGGAUUAAUGUCUGUGGUGAGGGAGGUGAAUAUGAAACAUUGACACUUGAUUGCCCAAUCUUUGUUAAUGCUCGAAUUGUGCUUGAUGAAUUUCAAGUUGUGCUGCACUCCCCAGAUUCCAUUGCUCCAGUUGGGGUCCUUCAUCCCUUGAAAUUUCAUUUGGAGAGUAAGUCAGUGUCUGCCUCAUUAAGUGACGGCGAGAAAACUGAGAAUUUUUGUAAAGAGAAAACAGGAGUUGAUUUUGAAGUGCAAGGAGACUGUCCUGAAAGGUGUGAGGCUACUAGCCAGUCUGUUGCUGAAGUCACUAAUUUAGUUGAAGUUACAAAUCUCAGACUUAACAUCUCUAAGACAAAGAAGGAUAAUACAUUUUCCAUAUGUUGCUGGUUGCAAGGUCCAAGCAAAACUUCAGCAGGUUUGCAAGAAGAUUUAACAGUUGUUCUAAAGCAAAUUGAAUUACAACUUGUUGGAUAUGGUUUUGGUUGGGAGCAUGUCCUCUAUAUACAUCUGUACAUUGCUAAUAUGAAUGACUUUGCAAUAGCAAAUGAGACAUAUGUGAAAUUUAUUACGCUGGAGAAGUGCCCAUUUGGUGUUCCAUCCCGCAGUACAAUUGAAUUACCUUUGAUGGAAUCGGGUUUGGGAAAGGCAUAUAUUGAAGUUCUAGUGGGAAAAGAUCAAAGCAAAAAGGUUUUGCAUGUACAAAGUAUAUCCUGCUGGGCACCUAGUUGCAUUGGACCAUACAGUCAGGCAACCUUGCAUAAGGAAGUACUUCACAUGGCUGGGCAGUUGGGCCUUGAUCCUCCCACCAUGACUCUCUGUGAUGGAGGCCCUGCUAUAGAGCUGGAACAAGCACUACAAAACAGUGAAGCUGUGGCAAAAAGCUUUGAUUGUUCAAUAUCUAUGUCAACUAUUUUCUUUGUUAUUUACUGUUCAUCACGGGUUGCAUCAUCUGAGAGACACAAAAUACAGGACAAGCUGGACAAUUUUCUAAAGCAAUUGAGAGUCUCUAAUUUAGAAGGAAGCAUGUCUAAAGUACUCGAUCCUAUUUUCCUAUAUGUGCUUGUCUCUGAUCUACCAAAAAGAGCACUUGUAGAAAUAAAACCCAUUCUUCAUGUGAUGGAGGGUUCGGAGACAGAGAGUGAGACUGUGCAAGACCCAUAUUGUAUGAACAUACCUAAUUAUUGGGGUUUCCAGCAUGCAGAUUGGCAUGAUUCUUGCCUUCAGAAAUGUGUUAUUGGCGAAAAGAUAUGUGCUGUGUUUUUAAGCAUCACUGGUGAAGUUGCUGCAAGGAUCUUUUCCGAGGCCCGAGAUGCCAAUCAUAAAGUGGAUCAUCUAACUUCUCUGACAGAGGGACAAAUAGAAAGACUAUCACAAUUUUGCCUUUAUCUUCUCAGUAAAGUUAUCAUGGAAAACAAAUUCUCUUGGGGAGACGUAAUGAACCUCAGGCUCUAUAUCCCAACAACCCUUGACAUGCCCAUGGAGACACUGUCGGCCAUCUUCACCAGUGCAUUCAAUCAACUCGCUGAAGUCGAGCAGAGGGUUAAAAUUGAUGGGGAGCCUAUUUUUAACCUUGUUCCGGUCUUAGGUGCCGGAAAGUCUGCUGCAUCCAUGAAUGAUAUAAUUACCUUUGAAUUAUUUGCUCAGAGAUCCUGAAGCUUGAGAAAGUUUAAUUAGUUUUAAGACAUUUAUAUAAAAAACUAUUUGAUACAUUUCUCGAUCUUUUCGCUAAGAUCAAGUUAGGCUGUAAAACCAUUUGAAGAAAAGGAAGAAGUCUGAAAUAUGGUUAAGCUGCGUUUGUGUUUUGAGAGGAAAAGGUUUUGGUAAUUGAUAAAUCAGAUUCUUUGUAAUACAGGUACA